GUCAGAACGGGAUUGCCAUAUGAGUUCUGAAAAGCAUUUGGCUCUUGAAGAUAACCGCUCUAAAAAUAGACUUUUUGGAGGAGAGUUUUCACUUUGGUCCAGUUUCGGGUUCCAGCUGAGCUAGCUUUACGAAACUCAUCAGCUCCUGUUGCAAGACUACAGUGAGGAUAAACGUCUUCUUACUCUGCCUUCAGUGCUAACUUUUGGAGAUAACGACACGCUCACUUGGUGGAAAUUGAACACCAGUGUUAUGGCUGACGACACAGAGAGUAAGCAUGGAGGAAACAGGAAUGGAAAGAAAGAAGGCCUCUCUGGAAGCUCGUUUUUCACCUGGUUUAUGGUAAUUGCUUUGCUGGGAGUUUGGACGUCAGUAGCAGUUGUCUGGUUUGAACUUGUAGAUUAUGAAGAAGUCCUAGCCAAAGCAAAGGAUUUCCGUUAUAACUUGUCAGAGGUACUACAAGGCAAACUUGGAAUAUAUGAUGCUGAUGGAGAUGGAGAUUUUGAUGUGGAAGACGCUAAAGUGUUGCUAGGCCUAAAAGAAAGAUCUGUCCCAGAACAGCCAGCAUCACCAGUAUCUGAGGAGACCAUUCAGCCUGCUGAGCAGUCAUUCACCAAAUCAGAGCACAAGAAUGUUGAUGUAGAAUUGGAAGAGGAAAUUCAGCCUGUUCUUCAUGAUGCUCUCCAUUCGCAGCCUGGAGAGGGACAUGAAGAUGUAGAUGAAAGCUUAAGUGACCAGUGGCAAGAGAAGGAAGAAAUACAUGCAGAAACAUUUGAAACUCCUGCAACAGAUGACACGCUUAGAGAAUUAGAGAAUGAAAUGACAGAGGAUUAUGAGACACCAGACUCAUUUCAGAAAGAUGCUGAUUUUGUAGCAGAUGAUCCUGGAGCAACAGAACCUGAAACAUACGAAGUUCCAGUUUCUUAUGAAUAUGAUAUGGAUUUGGAAAACACAGUAAGUGAUCCAGAAGCUCCAGGUGACUCUGAGCUAACAUUAGAAGAUGCUGUUGAACACUACACAGAACCAGAAUACGAGAAAGAGACUGAGACUCAAGAUACAGCUGUUGAAGACCUUCCUGAGGAAGUACAUGAAGCCACAGAACCAGUUAGAGAUGAAACUGUUGAAGAUUUAGAAAUGGAGAAAAAACUACCAGUAGAAAGUAAGCAUACAGAAGAAGAUAAUGUGGCCGCUGGACCAGAGGAAUCAGAAGUCCCUGUUCAAACUGAGGAUUAUUCAAAUGAUAAUCUAGUGGGAAAAGGUGAAACAGAGACUGAGCAGGACAAAAUGGAAAAAGUUAAAAAGAAGAAGAAGCCGAAGCUCUUAAACAAGUUUGAUAAAACCAUUAAAGCUGAAUUGGAUGCUGCAGAAAAAUUACGUAAAAAAGGAAAAGUUGAAGAAGCUCUAAGAGCCUUUGAAGCAUUGGUGAAUCAAUAUCCAGAAAGUCCACGAGCAAGAUAUGGAAAAGCUCAGUCUGAAGAUGACUUAGCUGAGAAAAUGAGAAGUAAUGAGAUGCUGCAAAAAGCCAUCAACACCUAUGAUGAGGUGGUUAGUCUGCCAAAUGUCCCUUCAGAUCUCAUAAAACUGAGCUUGAAACGAGAAGCUGACAGACAGCAGUUCCUUGGUCGCAUGAGAGGUUCCCUGAUUACUCUACAGAAAUUAGUUCAUCUGUUUCCCAGUGAUACGUCAUUCAAGAAUGACCUUGGUGUCGGUUACCUCUUGAUAGGAGAUAACAGCAAUGCCAAGCAAGUGUAUGAAGAGGUUCUACGCAUGGCUCCAGAUGAUGGCUUUGCCAAAGUACACUAUGGCUUCAUCCUGAAGGCCGAAAACAAGAUAGCAGAGAGCAUACCUUAUCUAAAGGAAGGACUAGAGUCUGGUGACCCUGGCACAGAUGAUGGACGAUUUUACUUUCAUUUGGGUGAUGCCUUGCAGAGAAUAGGAGACAAAGAGGCAUACAAGUGGUAUGAACUUGGAUACCAAAGAGGUCAUUUUGCAUCGGUCUGGCAGCGCUCUCUCUACAAUGUCAAGGGACUGAAAGCUCAGCCAUGGUGGACAGCAAAGGAAACAGGUUAUACGGAACUGGUAAAGUCCUUAGAAAAAAACUGGAAGCUCAUUCGAGAUGAGGGGCUUGAUGUGAUGGAUAAAAAAAGAAGCCUCUUCUUGCCUGAAGAUGAGAAUCUACGAGAAAAAGGAGACUGGAGUCAGUUUACUUUAUGGCAACAAGGAAGAAAAAAUGAGAAUGCUUGUAAAGGUGUUCCAAAAACGUGUGCUUUAUUGGAAAGAUUCCCAGAAGCUACGGGCUGCCGAAGAGGACAGAUCAAAUAUUCUGUCAUGCUUCCAGGAACUCAUGUCUGGCCCCACACAGGGCCCACCAAUUGUCGGCUAAGGAUGCAUCUGGGCUUAGUGAUACCUAAAGAAGGCUGCAGAAUUCGAUGUGCCCAGGAAAACAGAACCUGGGAAGAAGGGAAAGUUCUUAUUUUCGAUGACUCUUUUGAGCACGAAGUGUGGCAGGAUGCUGAAAGUUAUCGUCUGAUAUUCAUUGUUGAUGUGUGGCACCCUGAGUUAACAGCACAACAGAGACGAACCCUUCCUGCUAUUUAAGAGAUUAUAUCUGGCGUGAAGAGCAAGAGGAGCUUUAACCUGUCAGAGUAUGCAAAUAUAAACAUGCAGGAUUAAUUUAUGAAGAAUGCUAGUAUUGUAAGGGUUAGAAGGGAUAAUGAUGACAUUCUACAAUCACAGAGGACUUGAGUUUAAAAAACAGAAAAAAAUAGCAAAAAAAAAAAAAAGCCAUGUUUGUUUCAUACUGAUAUAGCACUGAUACAUAUUGUUUUUCUGGCUGCAAGUCUGAGAAUACAAAUCUUGUCAGUCAAGGAGCAAUAUAGGUCUGGAUUUUCAAGCUGAGGAAUGUGCAGAUGUUUUUACUAUGCCUGUAUGAUGUGUUCAAAAACAGUCAUCUACCUGCCUGGCCAUGUUCAGGCACAAGAUUUGCAAUAAUACAUCCGGGAAAUACUUCCCAGGCUUCUCUCUGGGAAGCAGCAUGUGUGGUGUUUAUAGACACAUGCAUCCAAUCAACUUUGAUAAUCAUUGUGCAGUUGUAACAUUAGCUGCUUUAGGUAUAAAACAUGUCCCUAUGUUAUCAACUGUAGAUAAUGUGAAUGGGUUGCGUGUUCUGUUGUUUUUUCUACCUGAAUAACUAUUUUUCUAGCAUAAUUAUGAACAGAUCUUCUUCAAUCAACCACUAUUUUUAAAAAUAAUGUAUAUACAAAGUACAUCUCUAGCUAUAAGCAUAUAUGGUACAUUGUGCUGUAACACAAUAGUAGUAUAUGAACAGAUUUCAUUUUGCCAACUGCGGCCUUCUCUUGCCUUCCUGGAAAUGCAAACAGAAACUUGCAUGAUCUGCUUCUUAGUAGAGUGAUGUCCUUCUAAAACAAAACAGUUCUUUUAGCAGGUAAACUUCAAUUUUGUAAUGUGACUUUCAAAGAUGUUGAACAAGUAUGACUUCUGUAGGCUUGUCUCUUACAGUGCUCUUCAGUUCUUAAGAUUGUAUGGUGAGCUGCAUAAGGACAAGGUCCUUCCAGGUUUCCUGCUAGAUUGCAAAGCAAACAGCUUCAGGUUAUUAACUUGAAUUAACUUCUGCUGCCAGCAUCCUACAAAGAGCUAGAAUGGACCUUUAAUUGACCUAAUGGUGUUUUUCUUGUCUUGAAAUGUAUGAUGCAAUCCUGAAGCAGUCUUAUCACAGCAUAAUUUACAGUAUACUCUGUAUUUGCUACCCAGAGUUUACUGUAUGUUAAAAAAGCCUUAUUUUUAAGAGAGAAAUCCUGGAUGUUUAAGCAGUCGGCUGUCUUUCUGUCACUGUCUCACUGUCUGAUGGGAGAUGGAAGGUGCAGAAGCCUCCACUGUUAACUUCUAAAAACACUAACAAAAUAAACCAGAAUUUGCACAGAUAAUAUUUGAAAUCAAUUGUUACCUACUCACCUGCAAUGCCAGGAGGGAGUGGAUAGGUGUGCUAGGAUGCUCAGAUCUGCUCAAGCUCAUCAGGAGCAAUGGCAUCACUAGUGAAGGUUGUGAGAGACAGGUGCUGACCAAGGAGACAUUAAGGUUGUUGAGUCUUCACAGCUUUGGCCUCGUGGUUUAAAGGACAUUGAACAGUUGUUUUAUUUGCUUAAUGUUCCGUGAUUUUGUACUGCAGAGACUGCAUCAUGGUACCUAAGUAUUGUAGAUAUAAACAGCACAUGCUGCAUGAUCAGAAUGCCAUAUUUGCUAGGCAAAAUAUAGGCAGCAGCCUUGCAUUCCCAUAAAUUGAAUGCUCUUCAGACUUUGUAUUUUAUUGAGUAGUCUUGUAAUGCCAUGUAACACAUGACGAUUGCACCAUAAGCUGUUGUAACCCAUUUCUGGAGGUGUGCACUUUAAUUUCCUUUCUGACUAUUGAAAAAUAGAUAGAACACACACAAAUGAACCCUCUCUGACCAAGAGUCAGUUUUAGGCAGCAGUGGUAAUUAGGCUUUAAUGUGUUGUCCAUCUCAGCAGUAACACAGAGUACCAUCUGCUGUAAGGUGACAGUUCUCUGUGAAUAAUCAUGGAAACUGAGAAAGGUUUGUAAGUUUCACACUUUAGAAAAUAUAAAAAUACUUUUGGAGGCUUUAUGAGAAUUACGAAUGAAACUGGAAAGAAUGUACUUUUUAUAUUAAGGAGUCAUGGUACCAUAAGAAAGAAAGUAAUCCUGGUAGUUGUUGAGUCAGGCUGUGCUUUGUAUCUCCGUACACUUAUCAAGCAGUACAAAUUAUAAACUAUUUUGCUAUUCUGUAAAUAAAGACAUAGUUUGUAAUGAAGUAAUCAAGAACUGUUUAAACCAAAAAUAGUGGCUUAGGAAUGCUUUUAUUAAUAUUGCAUUUUAGUUUCUAUAGCACAGAGUGAACACUAAAGGAGUGGUAAAAACUUCGAAGCUUUAUUUAUAAGAAAUCAUGCUGUCCUGUUUGUUCCUUUGAAGUCACAUGCUUUAUAUAUACAGAUUGCAAUUGCCAAAUAGAUCAAAGUUAUCUACCCAGAAUGUGUGUGUGCCUGAGUGGCACUGUUCAUUAAACUGUAUAGUGACAUAUUGACCGUUUGAUAUCUUAAGUGCCUUGAAUGUGACAAGGUUUCUUGUGAAUAGCUGCUGCGGCACUGAAGUGAUUCUGCUCUCUGCCUACUUGUCAAGGAGCUGAGAGCAUCUAUUUUUAUUAGAUUCAUUUAUUGGAUUUCAUACAUAAAUGGUGAGUAUCUAUAUAUAGCAAAACACAAAAUUAGGCAGUGAAUAAGUAGUAUGUUAUUUUAGUUACUCCUCUUUGCCAUCCAGUAUUUCAUGUUGAAAAAGCUUUUUACGCAUUGGAAAUACCAAUGGAUGAAGUGAAUGGAAAUGCUUUGCAGAUUGAACACGAUUACAAUUUAAACGUUUCAUUCUUUAGCUGUGUUUACAGAGGGAAAUGGCAGCACAGGGCAUUUGUAAGGUAGUAAGUACAUACUUGAAUGAGCAGUAGUGGGCCAUCUCAAAGAUUCAGUGGCAGUGGAGAUAAGUGUAUUAGCAGAGAAAAAUUGCAAACCAAAGUAUUUCUUCACUAAUGCUGCAGUGUAGUAGGCCACGUCUGCCUUGUUUUGUUUUUUAUGGAUGUUUGAUUUACAUUAUGUUUAAGCAAGUUUGCUGUGACCAAUCCAAAUGUCUGAGAGUCUUCAUGAGCCUUGGGGAGAGAGGGAGCUGUGUCCAGUCACAGCUUUCUGUAGCGGGUUAUAAUGCCAUAGCGGGGAAGAAUGGGAAAAAAACCCAAAGGUAAAUGGACUCGGUCAUUUGUUUAAUGUCCCUGCAAGCCUCAGAGUGUUUGCUGCUUUUUCUGACUCCUAUGUUGCUUUGCUGGGAACAUUCACUGCCUUAAAGACCCUCUUCUGUGGAAGCCAGGCCUUGCCCCAGUAACACACUGCUGCAGAGGAAGCUUAUUGUGCAUGAGACAGUCCUGUACACAUACAAGCAGGUACAACCCAGUUGUGUUAAUGGGAUCUGUAGGGUGUCCUUUCUGCCUUGUGCAAGCAUAACAGGCUGUGAAUGAAGGCAGUGUUUUGUUACCAUUCGUUAGGGAUGACCACGUCCAGCUGACCUAGGCCACCACUUUCAGAGCGCUGCUUAUGAAUCCGGUGGAUGUCCCAGAGCUGUAUGAAAAACUCUUGUGCAGCCUGUGAGUUAUCAUCUCAUUUUAUAUAUAUAUGGUUUAUGCGGUUGUCUUUGAUAUGUAGGUGCCAACCACGUGUUCUGUUAAUUGUCGAUGCAUGGCAAUUAAAUUGAAGACAAAAAGCAUGUAUGGUGGUUGUAUCUGUUUUAGGAAAUAAAGUCACUGCUCAUGCAAUUUGA